UUCCUCUUUCCCUUCUGUCCUCUCUCACUACCAUCACUGCUUUUCCUCCCACGCUCCGCCUCAUUCCCUUGUUCUUAUUUCCAGUCUUCUGCCUACAUCCUUCUCCUUCAAUCCAGAGAUGUUUGUCCUGCCAUCCCAUGUCCUCUUCGCCUUUCCCGUGGUUUCUCCUGGAUCUGACUCUUUCUUCUCUCCACCCACUUACAGUGAAGGGCCUGGGCAGGAGAGCAGCCAGCCCUGCCCCGCCCCGCCUGUCGAGGGCACCCUUUCGGGGCACCUUGGCAUGCCUCCCGCCCCUCACUUUCUCCCUGCUCCCCUCUAGCCCCUGUUCCUUUUCCUUCUCUUCUCUGCCUCCUCCCCUCUCUCUCCCUCUCUCCCUCCGCUGCACCGCUCCCCCCCGUCCUCAGUCCUUUGGCUCCCUCUAGCUCCAUCCCCUCCCUCCACCGCUCCGAUCCCUCCUCCUCCUUCCCUCCGCCCCGGCUGCCGCUGCCGCCCUCCCGCAGCCGCCGCCAGUCCUGCGGCUCGGCUCGGCUCGGCUCGGCUCAGAGCGUUUCGUCUCGGCUCGGGCUCUCCUCGCCAUGGUGCAGCUCGGGAACGGCCGCCGAGCCCCCCCGCCGACCCCGGCCGCGCCGCCGGCCUUCAGCAUCGCCAGCAUCCUGCAACCCGGCCCCUGCCGCCCAUCCCGGGAGCAGGGCAGAGCCCGCUGCGCCCCGUCGGAGGAAGAGGAGGAGGAGGAGGAGGAGGAGGGAGAGGGGCCUGCGGAGCAAGACCCCAAUAAAGGCUCCAGAGACUCGGGUACGGAGCCAGCAGCCGCCUCAGGCUGUCUCGCACGUCGGGUCGCAGCCCGGCCCCCACCCAGGCGGUACCUCCGGGUAUCCCCAGUGCCGCCGUGCUGGGCCAGCGCACACGGACGCGCAGGCACAGACAAGACACGCACACGCAGACACAGACACGCACACGCAGUCGCGGCGCGCCCGCAGCCGGAGGAGGAACGGAGGCUCCGCGGGAGGACGCGGGGAGAUGCCACCGCACACGCACCAACCUGCUUUGAGGGCGCUGCGCCCUCCUCCCGGGUUGUCUGUCCCGUGCCCGGGAGCCCCUCACUUCCCUGUCACACAGCUGGCAAAGGGAUUUCCUUAGAUCCUUAUGGAAGCGUCUCACUCUUCUUCUCCCCUCUGGAGGGUGUGGGACCGCGGCCAGCCCUCGGCAACCCCCUCCCCACCCUCUCCCCCACCCUCUCCCUGCGCUCCGCCGGGCCGUGCGUGCAUGCGGGGCGGGGGCGCGGGCGGUGGCGGGCACUGAUGCUGUGCUUUGCCCUUGCAGGCAGCGAGUCCAGCCGGCUCCGGGCAGAAGGGACGAGCCGUGGCCUUCGCCGCGAGGCCGAGGGUUGGGAUGCGGCGUCCUCGCUCCCCAAGGAGAGGCUGCGCGCCCCUCGGCAGCCGCCGACGCGAGAGGCCGGAGGCUGCGGCGCGGAGAACGGGAGGUUGCCGACGGCUGGCGGCAGGAAGAAGACGCGGACCAUCUUCUCCAAGAGCCAGGUGUUCCAGCUGGAGUCCACCUUCGACGUGAAGCGCUACCUGAGCAGCUCGGAGCGGGCCGGGCUGGCCGCCGCGCUGCAUCUCACCGAGACCCAGGUGAAGAUCUGGUUCCAAAACCGCCGCAACAAGCUCAAGAGACAAAUGUCGUCCGAGGCGGAGGGCCCUGGGCCGGGGCCGGCGGAGCCUCCCGGGGACCCGCCGCCCCCCGCCGCCGCCACGUCUCUCUCCUUCCCGGCCCUCUACAAGGACAGUCCCCUGCUCAGUCGGUGCUUGCUGCCGCUGCCUUUGCCCCUGCUCUGUCCGGGCAGCGCCAUCCCCUACCUCUGCCUCCCCGGGCCGGGCAAACACUUCAGCCUGGUGGACGGGGACGUAUAGCCUCUCCCCCGGCCCCCGACCUUCCCCUCGCCGGGGGCCGCCCGAUGUUAUUUAUGACCCCGCCGUGCCGCUGGGCUGUCAGUCGUCACCACAGCCGACGGAAGGGCCGCUCCGGUUCCCCCCACUGCCAACGUGUUGCUAAAGCUCGGAAGGGCGCUGCCAGACCGCCCUUGCUCUUGCAGCGCUUUUUUCUGUGGUCAGGAUGGAGGAGAUAACACGAAGCCACCAAAGAGACCGGGACGCGUUCUGCCUGCCUCCCUUCCGAAUUAUCCCGUUCCCGUAUUAGAGGGGAGCCCAUGCUCUGUCUCAGCUCACGGGGACUACGUCCCCACAUCUGCCCCAAGCGCCGUGGCGGUCGCUGUACCGUGAGCCGAGUCAGUUUUAUACAGAUUGGUAAAGGCGAAGGCCGCGUUGUGCUCCUCUAUCUCAAACUCUCCACCUCUAAUAUCCCUCAGAGUAACCUCUCCCCAUCUUUGACACUAUCAAAAUGUAGACACCUUUACUGAGAUGUGGUUCCUAAGCUGUGACUUUCCUACUUUUUUUCCUCUUUUGAAAAAACACCCCAAACUCUCUCUUACAUUCUUUGUGCUAACUGGUUCUCAAACUGGGGCUUGUGUGAUGUUUUUAUAGAACAAGACAAGCUGUCUCUUGUGCUAAUCCCGCCCCUCGAAAUCUCGUGGGACGAUUUUAUCUGCUGUCCUAGAGUAACAAGUGUUUUUAAUUAUUUUUUUUUUUUUACAUAUUUGCAAACGCUUUUGUCGUCCUUUGGUUUCUAAGUUCACACGCUUUAUAUCCCCAGGUUUGAAAUAAACCUUUUCAGAAAGCUGAAACGACUACCUUUUCAAUACAGUCACUACUGGGCAGUACGAAAAGAAAGGUAUUUCCUAGAGUGCAUCGAUGGUUUUUAUUUUAAAAAUAAAGAUCAAAACCACAA